AUGGCAAAAGCAAAGGUGUGGAGAAGGUUCAGAGGAGACAGGACAAGUAUAAAAUGGUAGGGUCAGGUUGUCAUGGGGGAAACUGAGGCACAGGCAAGCUGAGGUAGUACAAGAACAGUCUGAAUUAUAACAAUAUGCCAGUGUUACCUAAAAGGAUGAGGAACAUGGAGCUGUGCUUGAAUCCCUACCUGAGCUGGGGACAAGGGGCCUCGGGCAUCACUGAUUGGAACCAAGGUUUGUCUGCAGCUUGUCAGUUUCUGUCUCAGAAGCUCCACAUACUGGAGUGGGUAUCCCGGCGAUGCUGUGGGAUAAACCAGGACACUGUGGUGUCAUGGACAGCUGUCUGUCUGCCAGGUGAAGGCCCCUCUCGUUGCAGUGUGAGCCGGGCAGGUCAUCCGUUUGGCAGCAUGGUGACGGCUCUGGCCCCAGCUGCUAUGGGAGGGAGGAUGCUGGCACAGGGCACUGCCCACAGACUGCCUUUGCUCCAUGCCUUUUCCAUGAGCAUGAGUGGCUGUUCAUGUGGGAAACGGCAGAGCCUUCGUGGCCCCCUUCAGCACUGUGCAAUGGUACUGGAGGUGGCAGGAGACAGCCUGAGGGCCCAGGUUGUCCUCAUACCCGGCUUCAUGCCAGGGUGCAUGCCGGGCACAGCACAUGUGUCCCCGAGAGGCCCCUGAUCAGGGUGGAAACCCAGCAAAGUGAAAAUCAGAAAUAGUGAUUCUCCAGUCCCUGCUCACAGACAAAGAAAGAAAGAAAUCAUAAGCAAUACUAGGCCCGGCACGGUGGCUCACACCUGUAAUCCCAGCACUUUGGGAGGCCAAGGCAGGCAGAUCACUAGAGGUCAGGAGUUCAAGACCAGCCUGGCCAACAUGGUGAAACCCCUGUCUCUACUAAACAUACAAAAAUUAGCCAGGCGUGGUGGCAGGCACCUGUAGUCCCAGCUACUCAAGAGGCUGAGGCAGGAGAAUCGCUUGAACCCGGGAGGCGGAGGGUGUGGUGAGGUGGAGGGUUUGGUGAGCCAGGAUCGCGCCACUGCACUCCAGCCUGGGUGACAGAAUGAGACUCCAUCCGCAAAACAAAACAAACAAACAAAAACUAAAGGGACAGUAUCUUUUUAGCACCUGUCAUUGUACAGGACGCUGGGGAGGGUACUGUGGACUUACCCUGGGUGGAAGGUCCCUGUGUGAAUGGAGAAGCUGGAUGCUCAGAAAAUGCUGCUGCCUGUGAUAUUAUCCCAUUUAAAGAGGCAGUUUGCAAUGCUUUUUCAAAAGUGGCAUGCAGCAUCAGAGAAAAGUCACCAGGGCUGGGAUGAUUCCAGAAAAUGUUACAGAGCAAGUCGAAUUUGACUUGAGGUUUGAAGGAUGGGCAAUAUUUAAAUAAAAAUCAGAAAGGGUAGAGAGGGAGGGGCUGGGGGGAAGGCUGCCCACUGGACUGUCCUGUUCACCUCCAGGAGAACCUACAGGUGACACAUAGUCUCUUCUCAGGUGAAUGGGGAGCCAAGUAGCGCUGGCGUGGAUGAGCCACGCUCGGGGCUCAGGGAGGCAGGCCCAGGGCCCUGCACUGCCUGUCAUGGCUCAUGAGUGAUGGGAGAGAUCUGGGCAGGCAACCCCCUCUCGUCCUGCAUCAUCAGCCCGGACUUGGAACUUGGCUGCUUUUUCUUUCUGCAGUGAGCAGAGGGCCUUGACCAACAAUAAGCCUUUCUGCCAGCACUUGGCAUUCCAGCUGACCUCGACCCAAGGCCUCUGUGACUUCAGGAGGCGGCAGCUGGGAAGGGUCGGGCAGUUCCAGGCAGAGCACAGACGUCAGCUCGGACAUCCCACCCCCCACCAGCCCUCUACCCCUGUGGUCUCCAGAACAACUAACACCUCCAAGCUCCAGGACACUGGAAAAAAAUCUUUGCAAAGAAGCAAGGGGCCAUCUCAGAAAAUCCAGGCCCCCCAAACUGAUGUAGAGAGAGGACUCUGACAGCAUCCGCCACUCCGGAAGGUCACGAGGAUACAGACACCAUCUGGAGCCACCUCUGCUUCUCAGCCCCAACCAGGCAAGCCCCAGAUCUUCAAGGGACUGAUCUGUACCUGGGAAUAAACUCAUGGGUGGAUGAGAUUCAGUCUAUCACACCCUAAAACGCAGAGCCCAUAGUAUUGGUGAGUGGUUCAUGUGUCUCUGAAGCAAAUUUAGGGCUGUGGUUCAAACGUUGUAAAAGUUACAGAAAAAAAUUCACUGGAUACACACAGUGGGCUCUUUUAAAUUAGCCUCAUUUGAACUUAAUUCGAUAUUUAAAUACUCAAAUAAUAGAUGAUGGCCGGGCGCGGUGGCUCACGCUUUAAUCCCAGCACUUCGAGAGGCUGAGGCAGGCUGAUCCCUUGAGGUCAGGAGUUUGAGACCAGCCUGGCCAACAUGGUGAAACCCCGUCUCUACUAAAAAUACAAAAAUUAGCCAGGCAUGGUGGCGGGUGCCUGUAAUCCCAGCUACUUAGGAGACUGAGGCAGCAGAAUCACUUGAACCCGGAAGGGGGAGGUUGCAGUGAGCCGAGAUUGCACCAUUGCACUCCAGCCUGGGCGACAGAGCAAGACUCCGUCUCAAAAAAAAAAUUUUUUUUAAUAAAAAAUAAAAUAAAAUAAAUGAAUCCACUGAAAGCGGUUUCUACCUUGAUAGUUGGGUAUGUGGCGUCAUCGACAUCACAGAAGGCUGAUUGAUAUUACCUGUUACCAGUGUGGUUGAGUACAAAUGUUUGAGGUCUGGUGAGAGAAGAGUUUGGUAUUCAGAACUCAUCGAGGCCUUUGCUUACCACUUUCUCUCUCUUGCAGUGCUCCCAAAUGUGCCGCUUCUGUUGGUUCACAUGCUCCCACGUAGUUCUAUCUGAUAUUCAGGGCUCUGAAUUUCAAGCCAGACUCAGUGAGUGUGAUUGUCACUGCUUUCCUGUCCUUCCUUUAUCCUCUGUAGACUUAGGUCCCGUUUUUGCAGGUUGAUAUUCCUUCUUCGCUGGGCCCUGGACCCGCUGCUCACCAGUGUGGUGUCUGCAUGGGCACUGCCCAGACUUGCACUGUUGGUCCCUCGAUGACCGCAUGGUCAGGCCUCAGGGCUCUCUGCCAGGCCAAUCUACAGCCCAUUCAGACCUGAUUUCUGGGCCUGGAUCCAGGGGACACCAUCUGGGAAGGGAGGGAGCUUCCCACGAUACCACUGUGAAACUCACCAGGGAGGUCUUGGAAAUUGAGCAGGCAUCAUUCAGAUUCCAUCCUGCUUUUAGGUCCUGAGAAAAUCCUGCUUUUCCCUGGGUAACUGGGAUAAUGGGUCACCAGCUCCCGUGCCCUAGAUGAGGACUAGUUAGCAUUUUCUAGUGCCUGGAGAUUUCCAGAUGGAAGCUGUAUUUGGGUCUGUGUAUCUUUGUUACAGGAUUCAAUAAUUCAUGCACUGAAUUUCCCUUCCCGGCAACUCGAGACACCAAAUUGCUUCCUAUGCUCACCCAAUCACUUAGGAACUCAGCCUGUGUCUAAAGACCCUCUGUGCAGCCUGACCUGGCCAGCCAUCCCCAUACUUCCACAUUUUUCAUGCCUUUCUCCAACAGCGUUGCCGUGGCCCCUUAGGCGGCGAUCGUUGUAUCAAGGGUCACUCCCUCUUUUUAUCUGUUGGCAGGAGCCCGUUUUCAACGCCCUCGCUGGAGUCCGGCCUGCACGCUUUGCUGAAAGAAGCCAGAGCCUCAGCCCUGCUUCCCUCUGAAAUGAAUGUUCCUCGAGCGCCCUCUGGUGGAUUUUGGAGCUAACCGUCUGUGAAUGCCGAGUGAUGGCAACUGCCCUCCCGCCGCGUCUCCAGCCUGCGCGGGGGAAUGAGACCCUGCGGGAGCAUUACCAGUACGUGGGGAAGCUGGCGGGCAGGCUGAAGGAGGCCUCCGAGGCCGGCACGCUCACCACCGUGCUCUUCUUGGUCAUCUGCAGCUUCAUCGUCUUAGAGAACCUGAUGGUUUUGAUUGCCAUCUGGAAAAACAAUAAAUUUCACAACCGCAUGUACUUUUUCAUUGGCAACCUGGCUCUCUGCGACCUGCUGGCCGGCAUCGCCUACAAGGUCAACAUUCUGAUGUCCGGCAAGAAGACGUUCAGCCUGUCUCCCACGGUCUGGUUCCUCAGAGAGGGCAGUAUGUUCGUGGCCCUGGGGGCGUCCACCUGCAGCUUACUGGCCAUCGCCAUCGAGCGGCACUUGACCAUGAUCAAAAUGAGGCCUUACGACGCCAACAAGAAGCACCGCGUCUUCCUGUUGAUCGGGAUGUGCUGGCUCAUUGCCUUCACGCUGGGCGCCCUGCCCAUUCUGGGCUGGAACUGCCUGCACAAUCUCCCGGACUGCUCUACCAUCCUGCCCCUCUACUCCAAGAAGUACAUCGCCUUCUGCAUCAGCAUCUUCACGGCCAUUCUGGUGACCAUCGUGAUCCUCUACGCACGCAUCUACUUCCUGGUGAAGUCCAGCAGCCGUAAGGUGGCCAACCACAACAACUCGGAGCGGUCCAUGGCACUGCUGCGGACCGUGGUGAUUGUGGUGAGCGUGUUCAUUGCCUGCUGGUCUCCACUCUUCAUCCUCUUCCUCAUCGAUGUGGCCUGCAGGGUGCAGGCGUGCCCCGUCCUCUUCAGGGCUCAGUGGUUCAUCGUGCUGGCUGUGCUCAACUCGGCCAUGAACCCGGUCAUCUACACGCUGGCCAGCAAGGAGAUGCGGAGGGCCUUCUUCCGUCUGGUCUGCAACUGCCUGGUCAGGGGACGGGGGGCCCGCGCCUCCCCCAUCCAGCCUGCGCUCGACCCAAGCCGAAGUAAAUCAAGCAGCAGCAACAACGGCACCCACUCUCCGAAGGUCAAGGAAGACCUGCUCCACACAGCCCCCUCAUCCUGCAUCAUGGACAAGAACGCAGCGCUUCAGAAUGGGAUCUUCUGCAAGUGAUCGUCUCUGUGCGCCCUGCUCUGCGGCUGUGUUAUUUAUUGCAUGCAUCGCUUCCACAGGGGCCCCUCGAGAGCUGUGCCUCGGGAGAGCUACCGUACUUUGACCAACAGCCUGCCCAGUGUGGACAUCUCUUACAGAGGGGGCCCGAGGAAUCACCACCCCAUUUCAGUGUAGACAACGUGCCUUGUCCGCUUUGGGCUCCAGAGCCUUUCAGAUGUACUGAGCUGCUGACAUCAUCCACAGCCUUCUGCUGAAUCCCAGACACCCUCCCUGUUGUCCACAGAGAGGGAAGGUCGUGGGCCACAUAAUGCUGUGUGACUCUCCGUGUGCCUCUGAACAGUGUUUUGAUGAUUUACACUACAUUUCCUAUGCAUAGAAUGGAUGCUUGUAUAUUCGUACAUCUCUAUGUUACACAGAAUUUGUGUUGCAGGUGUUUGCCAUGUGGUACAUACAUAGAAUCUCCAUACAACCCAGGUAACAGGUUAUACAAGUGGGUUCGGACUGAACCCCCGGUACAAGGACAUGGUUGUGAACUAGGUGGACAUGCCAUCCCUGGUCUCCUUAGACUGACAUGAAGUCUCAUGUUCACCAAGUUUUUGAAGUUCAAAUUCUCCAAAAAGGGCUUGUCCAAGGCUGGCCCCAGAUGUGAGGGUCUGACCCACGCCAGCCCUGUGUCCUUUCAGUCAUUUGUCCCUGCGUAAUUUUAAUCAUAUCCCAAAGUCAAAUGAUGUGAUGGUUUUCAGGUUUCUGCAAAUCACAGAAAAGCCAGUCGAGAUCACGCAGGAGCUUGUGCCCCCAGGCGGGCCAAAGAGCAAGCCUAUGAAGGAGCAGCAGAAGCGGGCGGCUGACCUGGCUCACCUUCCCAUGCCACUGGGGCGGGGGUCUGCUUCAGGAAACAGAAGGUGUCUAGGAAAUGAGCAGAGAUUCACAAGACAGCACUUCGAUUCUAUGUUGAGUUUGUUUCUAUAUUAGAAAAGCACCAAGUCAGUAAUCCCCCGUGGUGUCACAGCUGAGUAGCUGUGGCCACCAGCAGUUUCACAGCUUCCUGAAAGCUGGGACUAACUGUGAUUAUCAGUAAGAGAAGUUUAAUUGUCAGGUUAGAAAAUGUGAUCUGGCAGUUGAUGCAUUCUUCAAAGUGAUCUAUUGUAAUAAUACCUACAUGAUACUGUAAUUUUACUUUUCAACAUAAGUUGAACCUGUAGCAGUCUGUUUACCUUGUAAAGGGAUUUCUUAGAAGACAUUUUUGUACAUGCUCUUCCCCAAGGAUUGUACGUGUUAUACAAAUAGAUGGAAAGAAAAGUGAACAUGUUUGUAGAACUAUCAUAAGCACACAGUAGCCAUGUUGAGUUCUCUUUAAAAACAAGGACAAAACCAACUAGCCUUCAAAGGAAGCUCACAUCAGAGUUCCCUGAAGUAUUUUAGGUUCAGUGAGCAUUUGCCUGAAUUAAACCUAAAAGAGUGGUCUUAACACGUUAAUAACUUUUUCUAAGAGAAAUUGAUUCCUGUUUUGUCAUCUGAUGCAAGCUGCUCUUAUAAAGAGACAUUUUUGUGGGUUCAGGGUAACUCAUCUCCAUGGGCUGACCAAAGACGUUUCUAAUUUUUGUUACUGAUGAGAUGAAACCUAUUUGUAAGGAAAUCUUCCCCAGGAGCAUUUCUGUUGCCUUCUUGACAUCAAUGAAAAGUAGCGUAUUCUCUUAUGAGAUAGCAUGAGAAAACCCAGGGCAUUUCUAGGACAGUAAAACAUUGAAGUACUGGAUUAAGAAAAUGACAGGCCAGGUGUGGUGGCUCACGCCUGUAAUCCCAACAUAUUGGGAGGAUGAGGUGGGCGGAUCACCUGAGGUCAGAAGUUCAAGACCAGCCUGGCCAACAUGGUGAAAUCCCAUUUCUACUAAAAACACCAAAAUUAGCUGGACGCGGUAGCGCAUGCCUGUAGUCCCAGCUACUUGGGAGGCCAAGGCUGGAGAAUUGCUCAAAUCCGGGAGACAGAGAUUGCAGUGAGCCGAGAUUACGCCACCACACUCCAGCCUGGGCGACAGAGGAAGACUCUGUCUCAAAAAAUAAUAAUAAUAAUGAAUAAAAUAAAACAACAACAAAAUGCAUCGGAGAGCCAAGACAUUCAGUAUUGCAUUUUCACAUAGGUGAUGAAAUGACUUUGGAACUUUAUCUGUGUUAUAGUUAUGAAUUGCUUUGGGAGUCUUGGAGCUCUCUCUAGCUAUUGUUCAUAACGCUUUGCUCCAUAACCCUGAUGUCCCCAAUAUCUAAGUAUCUCAGCCUUCAUCCAUUAACUCUACUAGGGAGCCCACAGCCACCAUUCCCACUAGGAGGUAUCAAUGUUUGUGAUAUGACAUAAGGCUCCCUUGAAAUAACAAGACUUUUGAGCCAUCUGAAUUAAAAAUACAUCAAAAAAGUAGUUGUGCUCAUUUGCUAAAUGCAAAACAUAAUCACCUUUGAUACCAAUGUGUUCCAAUAAGUCUAACUAGCUAGCCAGCUGGAGAUAAUUUAGCAGCUGAAUGUUUCAAAGCCCUAACCUUGAAGUUUGGGAACAGGUGGUCUUCUGUGCUGCAGAGAAACUAUGCAUUAGAUCUCUUUUCAAUUAGAAACCUUUACUAUUUCCAAUGUAUGUUUGUUAAAAAAAAAUAAAAUAAAACCAAAAGGCUUCGUGUAAACCCACUCUUGGGAGGCCGUGAGAUGGGACUGUUUUGUUGUUUUCGCCGGGCGCCCUCCCCACUGCAGGGGUGCGCGCUGUUGCAGGCUUGUUACCCACCUGUGUUUCUCAGCAUUUCAGGAAUUAAACCACAUGCAGAACCCCAAA